GAUAGUUGUUGAUUCUCAUUUGUUCGUCAAUUGCAUUCUAAUUCCAUGGAGUAUCACGUGUAAAGACCAACCAACGGCUAGUUACGCAGGUGCCGCCAUAUUCAUUGUCGUUGUUGGGUUAGUUGACAGGAAAUUCGAUGGUAUGAAGUAAUAAGUAGAGUAAAUGUUUUUGUUUUCAAGAAACAAAGUAUGGCGAAAGGAGGCAAUAGCGCAAGGAGCAAGAAGUCACAUUCUUCCAAGCCGUAUGAUGUAUCUAACUCUUUUGUGAGAAAAGUAGCAUCACGUGUUACAAGCUUCAUUCCCCAGUCUUCUUGGUUAAGUAAGUGGUUUGUUUCAUCAACUGAAGAUAAGGCAAACUCGGAUGAUCAAGACUCUGACACAGAGACAGUUAGUGAAUACCGUUCAAGUAAACGACCGAAAAUCGAUCUCCAGCGAUCAUUCCCAGUUAACAGCUUCAGAGUUGCACCACCAUCUGAUAAUGAAGCAUUGGUGGCAGAAAGACCAGAGGCUGAAUCGAGAUAUUCUCCUCAAAGGAUUAUUGAUGAUCCAGUACCUGGCCCUAGUGGCCUUAACAAACAGCAAAUUAAAUUAAAUGCCGUAGCAUCAGCAGGCCUUACAACUGAUGGAAUUAGUUCUGUCAGAGAGCAUCGAAACAUCAGGCCACGUCCAUCUCUGUCAACUUAUAUAAACCAAUCUACUGUCAGCUCAGGAAGUGUUGACAGAAAAAUAAAUGGAGAUGAUGUGUCGGAGAGUAGUGAAUCGACAAGUGGAUGCUCAUCUCUCCCACACCGUGUGACUCAUCAGACAUCCAUUAAUAAUAGCGCAUCAAAUACAAAAAGAAUCUUUGACAACACGACUCCCACGAACAGCAGGAGAUUACUGUUACUUAAUCGUACACGCAGUCCAAGAAUGAACACUCCUUUGAACAGGAGGAGAAGUUUAUUUAAUGUAUCAGCAUUUGGGUCUCCAAGUUUGGAAUCGGAUACCUCACUUUCAAGAUCAGCUGUCAUUAAUUCACCAUUUUAUGCCGGGCGGACUGGUUACGGAGGUGCAUCAGCAUACAGACGCAGUCACGACUUUACGCCCGAGCUACAUAUGUCUAGAAGAUCCAGCAUAGAGGUCCAGCCAGUAAACAGUGGCUCCUCAAGUAAAUCAAGUGAUAUGGCAGCAAUGAGUCAAACAACCCGUCGUAUCUUGGAAGCAUUGGAGCAGUUUGCAUCCCCAGUGCAGGAUGCAAAAAAAAUGAUGAUAGAUUCACCAUCUUUACCCGCUUUGGCCUCUAAGCGUUCGCGGUUCGAUCCACCAGUAACUGAACAAAAAUCUUCCUUGCGUCAGCUGACCAUUCCUACUGUACCCGACAUAAUAAAAUUACGUCGUCGUGAGAAAUUGCAAGAUUCCCUGGAGUCUGCUAGAUUAAUAGCUACGUCAACAAAAGAUAGCAGCUACCAACUGAGGAGCAAAGAUGACUCUAGAUCAGGAAAGGUACUUGGAAGAAAAACAAACAUUGAAGAGGAAGAAACUGUAAAAGAAGUUAAUCUGCCUAAUAUUGCGUUGCCCAUCACAGUUCUUCCAAAGUUUGAUAUUGAAGUUCCUCCUCAGUUCAGCCCACCGCCUACAUCGGCUGGUACUCUAAAAUUUGCAACUCCUUUUACAAUUCAAGAUUUUUCAAGGACAGCAUCAUCUGAAAAACCUUUUAGUUUUAGUGAACCAUUAAGUGUCAGUGAAAACUGUUUUGAUACAGUUUCAUUAAAUACUGAUAAAAGCCGGUAUCCAGUGAUGGACAUUCCUCUUAAGCCAAAAAUGGACACAAACCUAUCUGACAGCAAUGUAAAAGAAACAUGUUUCUUUGGUUCUGUGACUAGUGGUUCUGGGAGUAGCCAGCAGGCUUCUCUUUUCUCAUUAGAUCAUAAAGUAAAGAGUGCACCUCCACAGACUAAAGUAGCAGAAGGGAAAAAAGGUGACAGUGGUCCUAGCAGAAAUGUUCCUGAAACUAGUCCUAAAAAUGGAGAAGUUCUGCACUCUUUGGGGACACCUUCAGGAAGUGGUAAAAAUGUAAGUUUAACUACAUCUUGGGGAAAUAUUUUAAAAACUUCCGAUGACACAUGGGAGUGUGGAACAUGUCUGAUACGAAACAAACCCAGUGCAUCAAGAUGCAUUGCAUGUACAGAACCACGUGAAUUACCACAAAAAUCUUCCUAUUCUCACAGCAUGGAACAACUCAAAAGCAGUUCCUCCAAAGAACUGGACAAAAGUUCAAAACUGGAACAGGCUGAAGAGAAAACACUUCUACAAGACGAAAGUAAAAAAGUAUCUAACGACGUUACAAAGCCAAUAAAAGCUAUGUGGGAAUGUGCUACAUGUUGGAUAAAAAAUCCUGAAACCUUAUCCAAAUGUCAGGCUUGUGAAACAAGUAAACCAAAAGAAAAAACUGGAACGUCAACACUUAUUGGAAAAUUUAUGAAACCUACGGACACAUGGGAGUGUCCAACUUGCAUGAUAAGAAACAAAAAUGAAGCUCAAAAAUGUGCUGCUUGUGAGGAAGUAAAACCUGGAUCAGCUGUUGCAAAGUCCACUUUGAAGUUUAAUAUCGAUAUCCCUGCAGAAGCUAGCAAAUUUACUUUUGGGAUAAAUAAAUCACAAACUACAGCACUAUCUGAUUCUGCUCCAAAAGGAUUUUCAUUUGGUAAAACAGAGGCCAUUGCAGUAGCAUCUGGAUUCACAUUUGGUAUGGGAGACAAUGGGAAAAGCAACUUUCAAAAUACAAGUACAGAGAAGAAAGCAGUGUUUACUUUUGGUAUUCCUCCUCCUGUGGAGAUAAAGACAAACGCAUCAGCAGCAGGCAAAGCUUCUGGAGAUGGUGUGUGUAAAUCAGAUGACAGCAUUGCAAAUCUUGCCACUACCAAAGAAAGUAAUGAAUCAUUAAGUGAGAAACAGGGUAAAAUAGUGAAAGUGACACAGAAAUCAGAUUUACCAUAUGCUGACGCCAAAAACCAAGAGAAAAGUUCUGAUGUACCUUUGGCUGGUCAUUUGUCUGGUGAGUGUGAUAAACAAUCCUCUGAAUCUGCAGUGGUGAAUUUCAAAUUCUUAAUGCCAAGUAGUUCAUCUGAAAGUAUUUCAACAGUAUCACCUUCAUUGUUCUCAUUUGGUACCAAGACUGUGUCAAAUGCUGCAGUUCGAACCUUAUCCGAAGAUAAUGGAGGGACAGUGUCUACAAAUGAAGCAAGUGAUAGUGAAAAGAAAUCAAUGAAAUCCAGCCAGAUUGAAAGUGCUCAUGAGGUCACAUCUAAAUCUGAGAAAGAUGCUUCAAUUUUUGGAGCAUCACAAGCCUCUGCCAAAUCAGUUCCUGUAACUACUGCAAACACAGUGUUUACCAAUAAGGAGCAUUUAACAAAAUUAGCCGAAGGGCCUCAGACAAAUUCAGUUUCAUGUUUGCCAAUUAAUAUUCCAAACAAAACUCAGGAUUCAGGCUCAUCUGUCUCCAUUCUACAAAAGCCUGUCGGUGUUGUUGCUUCAGCUGCAAGUGUACCUGUUUCAGUUUCACAGAUUUCAUCAUCAGGAACAUCAUUAGCCUUUGGUGCCACUAAUACCGUGCAACAAAUUUUUGGAACAUCAGUGGCUGCAACAAGUGUUUCUGUAGCACCAGUAAACUUCAGUGUGCCCUUGACUACUCAGAAUUUCGGAAGUGUGACCUCAUCUGUGCAACAUUCUGGUGCAGUGACUACAAGUGAUACAUCUAGUGUUGGUGCUGGUACUGCCUCUACAUCAAGUUUCACAUCAGUCCCUAUCACAACUACUCCACAGUUUGGUUCAUCAGCUGCCCUAAGCUUUUCCACACCAACGACGGCCACCACUAAUUUCAGUAGUGACAAACCAGUGCUGAAUUUUGGCACAACUGCAACUUCAGAAAGUAAUGGUGGUACAUCAGUAUUUGCAAAUGCAUCAACAGUGUCUGCAUCAGGAAAUACUGCCCUCUUUGGUAAUCAGAAACCAUUGCAACAGAGUUUUGGUGCCCCUGUGUCAACAGUAAGCACAUUCAGUACUAAUUCAGCACAAAAUUUUGGUGCUUCUGCUACAAACUUGUCAGGAUUUGGUGCACCAUCAACUACUUCACAGCAGUUUGGAGUACCGGCAACUACACCAGCCUUUCCUCUAACAACGCCAGCAUUUGGUGCAACAAGUACUCAGAAUUUUGGUAAUGUAACAACACCUGUACCAAGCUUCAGUUCUUCAGUUUCUGGAACUUUUACUACAAAACCAACAAUUGACACUGGCAGUAAAGGAUCUGCACCACUUGUCUUUUCUUCUAAUACAUCAUUACCUUCAUUGCCAUUUUCAUUUGGUUCAACACAGAACAGUGCUACAGAUGCUUCUGGGCCAGCAGUAAAACCCCCAAACUUUAGCUUUGGAGCUGGCAACACCUCUUCUCCUGCAGGACAGAGUUCUGGCUUUGGAUUUGGUAAUUUUGGCUCCAACUCAGCAACUUCAUCAUCUGGAGGACCAGCUAUUUUUGGACCUGGAACUGCACCAGCCUUUGGGGCUAGUGGGAAUACAGGAUUUACAGGAUCUCCCUUUUUUGGACAGAAUUUGCAGACAAACAAUAAUGUUUUUGGAUUCACCUCAAGCCAAGGAGCAAAUGGUGCACAAGCAAGUCAGAAUGCAACUUCAGGAUUUAAUUUUUCAUCAACGCAGCCUGCUGGUCCACCAACAUUCAACCCUAAUGCAAAACCUUCGUUCAAUUUCACCGGUGGAAAUACACCAACUUUCACAGCUGAAGCUAAUUCACCUGCUCCUGCUCAACGACGAAUUAAAAAGGCAGUACGCAGAACACAGGCAAGAGCCAAUGCUUUAUAAUUGGCUCACUACAGUGGCGCUAAGCAUUAUUGUGUUAACUAGAUGGAAGCAUUAAUACUUUUGGUAGUUAAAUUGUUUUGAUGCAAAUUUAGUUCACACUGUAUUUGUUUGCAUAUUCAUGUUCUCAUGUAAUAAAGAAGCUCACAUUAAUUUCCUAAGGAAAAAGUUCUACCUCAGACAUUUGAGAACUGUUUUCAAAGUUUACCUGCAUAAUGAUCAUCGUAAAAUCAUUUUGUAAAUUUAAUAUUCUGAAAGCAUUAUUGAAAUUGCAGUUUUGAUUGAUUAACCCAACAAUCAGAUUAUAAUUCACGUUUUAGCACAACUUGUUAAUGUGUUGUGCUUGAGGUGUCUGUGCAGUGCACUAUGUUGUUAUUAAGUUUUAAGGCUCUGUGAUGUUUGGAAUUUCCUUCAAUUCCUUAUCCCUUUCCUUAGAGCUUUGCUCAGCCACAUCAUUCACUCAUAGUAGUGAUUGCACAUUUACUGUGACUGAGCAUGUAGAUUCCUUUGGAUUUUUAAUAGAAGAAGAACACUGUGAACAUUCUCAGUUAUCUGAGGGCUAUGUCCUCAUUUGUCAUUCCUCGAGUAUUUGGACUAGAAUAUGUAUAUUGAAUUUAAUAUUUUGAAAGAAUGUAAAUUGUAUCAGGGCCUUAUUUGAGUGCCAUGUAUUUAAUGAAAGAGAAUGUUCAUAGUUUUAGUGAAUAUUUAUGUAAUGACUUAGUGGUAGAGGUCAUUUACUGCACUAGAAUGAUAUAAAUAUUAGUUGCAGUGAAAUGACACCUUUUUUAUGUAAACAAAACACACACACACACACACACACAACACACACACCGAUAUAAUGGCCUGGUCCAUAGAAUUUAUUUUGAGGCUUCUGUGUACACAAUAUUGAGGUAAAAUAAGACAAAAGAAUAAAUUGGCAAGGCCCAAAACAAAAUCGCCACAAACUGUGGAGAAUGAGCAUUUCUGUGAUAUUCUAGUGGGCCAGGCCUUGUGCAUAGGCAGGCUCACUCCUUGAAGAUUCCUCUUUAGAAAUAAUGACGCUGGCCAAUUUGUUAUACAGCUUAUUUUAGUUUGUACAGAAUGACUGUCACCAGCAUAGUGGAUUUAUGAAGUGAGUGACGUGUGCUUUGAAUAUCUAUAAAUGAUUUUGUUACAAUUUUUAUGGGUUAAAAAAAAGGAAAAUGAAAAAAUGUGUGUAAGGAGUUAGACUGCUUAGUGUGUAAAUACUGUACUAAAUUGUAAUGUCAUAUUUUUAAAUUUACUGCUGAAAGUUUCAUCUUGGUACUUAUUAUAUAUUUGUGGAAUACCAUUUUGUAAUGCUUAUGAUAGUUUUGUACAUAGAUGGUUGUGACUCCAUAUCAACAGAAAACAUUUCUACAUGACAUCUUAAAUAGUUGUUUAUAUAAUAUAUAUAUAUAUGUGUAUGUCGUGUGCAAAUGUGUUAUGCCUGUUGACUUUAUGUUUCUUCAGAAUAUGUGUAAAUAUGUUGAAAAUAUAAGAUGAAAUUUUCAGCACCAAUAAAUAAAUAAAUAAAUGAAUGAGUGAACAAAUAUAUAAAUAUGUAUGUUUAAAGACACACAAACACACAUAUACAAUUAUUUGUGCCUUUAUGAUUAUUUUUCUGUGGUAUAUCAGUGUGUUCCCACUGUCUGAGACUCUCAAAGUCGUUUUGUUUUAUUCUAUGGCCCAGUAAAUGUUUUCCUUUUCGACACAGUGCUGAGUGACAUUAAUUUCCUUAAGAAUUUUAGCAUGUAUAGUGUAUGUAAGUCUAAGAGACAAUGUUGAAGCAGUAUGAAUUGUUGUAUGAUUCUUUUCUAGAGUUUAUACUAUUUCAUUUUUGAUCAGUAUUUAUACCAGCUUGAAAAUGAUCCGGUUUCCAUAUUACAGCUUGUACAUGUAAAUUACAUCUGUAUCCAUAACAUGUUCAAAAUAUAUUGUUUUCAAACCUUAA